AUGCGAACUUCCAAAUUCACGCAUGCAACGCCGCAGCUCGCGGUAGAUCGAUGCGUGCGCUUCUCGUUUGCCUCAGAAGAGCUCUCCCUCGUUGCUUUUGCUGCUGCAAAGGUGGGAGGCCCCGGGAACAACCUCGCAGCACUUGUUCUCGAGCAGCUGCUGAAGCUGCUGGAGAGUCACCCGGAGAAGCUUCGGGAGCUUCUUAGCCUGAGCGGCGUGCUGCUGGCAGCUGCAAAGACACUUGACGCGCGGCAGACGGCAACGCUGCUGUGGGCCGUCAACCGAUGCAUGCAUCAUCCCGGCAGGAGGAAAGCGUGGCCUCCUUCAGGGAGAGGGAAGAGGUGUCAAAGGGGCAACUCAGGAGCUAUUAUGGGACUGUCAGGGGGCAUCGCGGCCGUUGCGGCGUUUCCAGAAACACAGGAGGAAGAAAAGGGGACAGCGGGGCCGUUCGGGUUUGAGUGCUGCUGUGCAGGCUUGUGCAACUCUUUGUUGGCUUUGGCAGCUAUGCUAGGCCGCUCCGAAAAAAGGCACACACUCUUCUUCCUCGAGGGGAAGAUGCAACAGCACAUUGCACGGCGUCUCGUUGGAUUUCAGCCAGAAGACCUCGCAGCCCUCGCCUCCACGCUCGCCCUGACUCGGGGAGGGGCCCCCCUCCUUCAGCAACGGCUGCUGCAUGUGGCGGCAGAAGCAGCAGAUACUUUUAAUGCCACUCAGCUUUCCCAAAUCGUCUACGCCUUUGGACUGCUGAGGGGAAGCGCGCAUUUGUUCGCAAGUCUACAGUUCCCCGUUUUGGAAAGGCUUCAGCAAUUCUCUGUGCCAGAGCUCUGCGAUGUUGUGUGGAGUUUCGCCGUUGCACGAUUCCAUGAACCAACCUUCUGGGAGAAGCCUUUUGGGCGUUGCAACUGGAGGAGCAUCCAUCAAACUUUGCGGAAUCUGUAG